AUGUCAAAUGUGAAAGCCGAGUGGUCGGCAAUCGCCAGACUCGAUCCUUUGCUUGCUGAAAGAGUUGCUUUGCAUUUCAAGGGUCUGGGUGAGUUCAUACUCUCGAUUGCUGACGAGAAGGAUGCUUUGAAACUGGUCAGAGACUGCAUGGAGGAUACGAGGAGCCUGGUUCGCUGCGCGGAGCUGGGAAAUCAGUUGUGGCUUUUCGUGCAAGCCCACCCCACUACGGCUGAUCGGGUUGUUCGCAGGGUGGCUCAGGCAGCAGCUUGUGGGCCCUACAGGAGUGCGAGCUCCCGCUGCGAUCCCAGCGAAACAUAUCAGGCUCUGGUCAACGCUAGUCCACAGCUUAGCUUGGCGGUCCUUGAGAGGGCGAUAAAGGCCAAAGGGGUCGCUUCCGGUCGGGCGGAGCAUGAGGAGGUCAAGAAGAAGAAGUGGGCUCUUCUGCUGGCUCAGUAUAUUGAGGAGGCAGGUCUUCCGGCUGCAGCGCGGAUUCGUGCUAUGGAGGAUCCCAGUGCGGUGUGGGUGCGAGCUUUCGGGGCGCGCCGAGGAAAUACGCUUAAGAAUCGCUGCAGGAGCUGGACACCCGUCAGGGAGUGGCUUCAAGUCACGUUCGGGCGUGCUUGGCCUAAGGAUGUUGGAGAAAUUAUCCAUUAUCUUGAGGAGCGACAUCAGGGAUCACCACUGGGAAAGACUGUGCCAGGGUCAAUUUUGGCUAGCAUUUUCUUGAUGGAGCAAGUGGGACAGGUGCCACUUGAAGCCCGUCUCUCGAAGGAUUCUAUCCUCGAAGGAACGGUGAAAUCUUGGACUCAGCAGUUGGAGGCCGAGGGGGAGCCUGUGAGACAAGCACCACUUUACACUGUCGCCAUCCUUCUGGCGGCCGAGCUGACAGUUGUGCGAAUUUCUGCACCUACGGGGCUGCGGUUUAUGUGCUUCAUGUUGCUUUUGAUGGUCUGGGCAUGCCUCCGCUGCGACGACUUGCAGGGAAUCUGUCCGGAGUCGAUGACAUUGUCACAGCUGGGAUUGAAGUUUACUUUGUCGAGAACGAAGACUUCAGGAGUGGCUUGCCACAUCCGGAGGGCGCUGGCGGAACUGAAGGCGCCACGGUUGGUGGAGGGCAUUUCCUGCCUUCAUUGGCAGCCGCAACUGGCGUGGAUUCAGACAAGAGGGAUUUCCUUGGGCGAUGGGCAGUUGCUAGGUAAGUACCCGUCGGUCAGUGUGGAUCCUGUGCAUUUGGCCCGGGCGAUGGCCCCGGGAGAUGCAUCACUGCAGCCUAAUGAUGAGGAGCCGCAA